CAAACCCCAUCACCAAAUAUUUCUCCUGCAAAUAGCUAGCUAGAUUCUUUGACUAGGGUUUUUCACAGUUAGUUAUUCAACUCCCCUUUUUUGGAAAUUCAAUAUCUCAAAAAUGGUAAGAUCCAACGGUCACGAGAAGAUGGAGUUGAAGAAAGGUCCAUGGACUCGUGAUGAAGAUCAGAAGCUUCUUGCUUAUAUUGAAGAACAUGGCCAUGGAAGCUGGCGUGCCCUUCCUGCAAAAGCUGGGUUACAAAGAUGUGGGAAGAGCUGCAGAUUGAGAUGGACUAACUAUCUAAGACCUGAUAUCAAGAGAGGCAAAUUCAGCUCCCAAGAGGAGAAGGCCAUUAUUCGACUCCAUGCCCUUCUAGGCAACAGGUGGUCAGCCAUAGCCACCCAUCUGCCUAAGAGGACUGACAACGAGAUCAAGAACUACUGGAACACCCGGCUGAAGAAGCGGUUGACCCGGAUGGGGAUCGACCCGGCCACCCACAAGCCGAAGGAGAACCCGGCCGGGUCAGCCCAGUCGCGGCAGGCGGCCGUGGUCUCCCACAUGGCGCAAUGGGAGACCGCGCGCCUCGAGGCCGAGGCGCGCCUCGUCCGGGAGUCGAGGCUCCUCUCCAAGCUCCAGCUCCUCCACAAGACGGCCGUGCAGCAGCCGCCGCUGCUGCCGCCGCCUCCGGCGGCGGUGACGACGCCGGCAUGCCUAGACGUGCUUAAGGCGUGGCAAGCCUGCAACGGCUUCGCGCUCGACUCGCCGACUUCAACCCUAAACUUCUCCGGGAACAGCUUCGCGGGGGCCGCGGCCGACGCCGGAAAAGUGAACGGGUACGUGCCGGAGAAGGGCAGAUUCGAGGAUUCGGCGCAGGAGAAUAGUUGCUUCUAUUAUUCUAUGCAUAAUGUUCUAGAAGGUUCGAUGGAUCCUACGUUGUUGAGCUCCGAUUGCUACAACAGCACCUCGACGAGUUCUUACACCGGGGAGUUCGAAGACAACAAGAAUUAUUGGAAUGAAUUGCUUAAUUUAGUGAGCUCGCCGGUGGAAUCGCCUGUGUUUUAGGGUUGAUUCAAGAUAAAUAAUUAUUUGAUGUGACUUAGGGUUAAGUAAUUAAUUAAUCUCCGGUUAAGAGCGAUUUGUAGACAAUUAUAUAUGACAAGUAGAGACUAGAGUUGUAUUUAGUGUAUGUGAUAAUUAGUAAGGUAUGGCCUGCCUUAAUUGUACUUUAUCAUUGGUGCGUGUUUGUUUGUUUUUGGAAAAUCG